AUGCCACCUGCCUGACAUGUACUGUAUCCCCUGAAUCAGUGCUGUGAUGAUGGUCACGUGGAGAUAAGGUAACUUUACAGGCACGCUCGAUGUCUCCGACACUCGAACACUUCAAUUUCUUCAACAUCUCAAUACUCUUGAUUAUAUCUUGUCACUGUUUCCUCGCCCUCAUACUCUGGCUCAUGGCCCUUCGAGUGUCUAUACGAGCUCAAUCUAGUUGUUGCGUAAAUUAUGGCAAACAUCUGUUGCCAAUUCGUCCUCAAGACCCGCCAACGGAAAUGUAUCGGGUCUCGAGCACUGAAUUGCAGCCAAAUGCACUAGACCACCUUGAAAGCCUCAUGCCUGUCAAUCGCCACUAUACGAGGGCUAAUACAACACACUGAGAGUGUUCUUUCAGCAGCUUCCCAAGAAGCUUACCAGAAGGGACUAUAAUUCGAAUAUCAGCUCCGACGGACAGCCGAAUAAGCUUUCCCCCGCCUUCGAUCGCAUCCCAGAUAGGCAAAGAUGGCCCCUUUCAUUUCGUCAACAGGUCCUUGGUCAGGGACCACUCUCCCAAAAAGGCAGCUCCCGAUCGACUCUA